CAACAUUCUAACAAUAAGGGUAAAAAUCACUAAAAACCCAGCAUGACAACAAAAAAGUGAAUUUAAUACCAAAUAUAAACUAAACAAUACGAUAAUAUGGUGUCAACUAGAGGUAUCAAAUUAAAAUUCAGUGAAAACGAAAGAGUAUUAUGUUACGAACCUGAUCCGACAAAAGCCAAAGUCUUGUAUGAUUCAAAAGUGUUAGACGUAGUUGUGACGAAGGACCACCGUGGAAGGAAAACCGUCGAAUAUUUAAUUCAUUUUCAAGGCUGGAAUUCUUCAUGGGACAGAUACGUUAGUGAAGAAUACGUUCUAAAAGACACUCCUGAAAAUAGACAAUUACAAAAAGAUUUAGCUGAAAAAUCCCAACUACAAUUAGGGGCAUAUUUAUAUAGGCGGGACCGGAAAAAAAGCCGCAAAACUAGCACAACAGCCCCUUCUUCUGAUGACUGUAGUUCUGGAAGCCCCGCAAGAAUGGAUACAGAUGACGGACAAGGUGUGACAAGCAGUUCUGAGGACGAUUCUUCAAUUGAAGAAGAAUCCGUUCCUAUUGAACUCACCCCCGAACUACGGGCCUGUCUUGAGCAAGAUUAUUACCUAAUCAACACAAAAAAUAAAUUGGUGAAAUUGCCGGCUGAACCAAAUGUUGUAACAAUUUUAGAAAAUUAUUGGCGACAUUACGCCAACAGCCAGAUUAGCGAUUUAAAUGAAAAAACUAAUCAAAGACAUAGGUAUCCGUUUAAUAAUACACCAAGGAGGCGACCUGAAGAUGUACAAAGAAAUUUAAAUAUUUGUAGUGAGGUUUUAGACGGCAUCCGUCUUUAUUUUGAUUACACAAUCAAUGAUUUAUUGUUGUAUAAGUGUGAGCAGGGUCAAAUCGAAACAAAGCAGGCUGUGUACUCUUCUAUCUAUUUAGAUAAAGACGUGUCAAGUUCAAAAAACGAAGUCAGUUAUAUGGAUUACAUAACGAAUCCACACAACCAUGAUGAUGAUUACCAAAAUGGUAACAGACAAGCCUUGCAAAGGAAGAGAAGUCUAAGAUCAAAUAAAAGUAUAGACUCUGUUUCCAAUGGUAAUACUCAAGAUAGUACAAAAUCAAAACCUAGUUCAAGUAUUGACAGUAAUGACAGUUCUGUCUCGCGUCCAAUUUCGCUACGUCUCCUACCUGAACACGUGUACAGUCAACAGCCCCCUCCCCCCUGUCUCGUCUUUGGUGCCACCCACCUGACCCGACUUUUUGUCAAAUUACCCGAACUACUAAAUACGGCCACCAUCGAUGAGAAAAAAUGGAGGGCUUUGCUACAACACUUAAAUUCUUUUAUUGAUUAUUUAAACGAGCAUCGGGAAUGGUUUGGGGAAAAAUUCUACAUUGACAAGCAAUAAAACAAAGAGUUUUAAUAGAAGAUGUAUUACCUACAAGUAAAUAUUUGGUAACAAAUAAAUAUGUCAUUAUUAGUUAUUAGUUCAUUAAGUAUAAUCAUAAAAAAAUAUAUAAUAAAUUAUCGCUACCAAGCUCUGAUGUGGUCGGUACCUAAAUAGGUGAGUUGAGGUUAGUCUUUUAUUUUGUGAUUUGUCAUAAUACUGUAUGAAAAAAUGAGACUGUCAAAGUUUGUAGGAAUAAAUGAUUUAGUUUU